AUGAUGAUGUGCGAUAUUAAGCCGUUUUAUGAUGAAGUGUGCCCGUUACCGCCACUCCCCCGUGUCUGUCACUACAAUUUAUAUGCAGUGACUGUUGGAAAUUUCAUUGUGCAGUCCCACACCCCCUUGUUAGCAUUAAUAACAAGAGACAACNAAGACCUACAAGUUACGAGUAGAGAACGGAAUCCUCAAUUCUGUGGAAGUCCACUAAAGUUUAGAGAUCGUGGAUUUUACAAUAUUAAAGUGGAAGAGCUUGGCUGUUCCGAAAAUGGAGCAGUAGGGGAAGCAAUGCCUGUUAACGAAGACGAAAUAUCACUUGCAGAUCCUUUUGGACCGUCUUCUACUUUAACUCCUACAAAUAUAACAAGUACUACUAGUACUAGUACCACUACAACUACAACAACAACAACUACAACGAAGAAACCAGAUCCAACGACCACAAAGGCGAAACCCAGUACGCCAAUUGCGUCAAGUACAACAUUAGAAGCCCUCAGUUCUCUGCCCAGUUCCUCGACAACGACUGCUUCUACCGCUUCUCCUCUCCCAACAACAGCUAAAGUUUCAAAUACAACAACGAUAACUAGCGUCAAAACUUCUGUUCGCACUUCAACUUCGAAGAGCACGGUUCCAGCAUGGAGACAGGGCGGUAACAAUCAAAAUCGACACUCGCUGUUAAUGGGACCUCCUUCAAGAAAAGGUGCCGUUUCGGAUACGGAAGUUAAAGUGAAAAACGCUUACCGACAGGACAGUUCCGUCAUAAUUCAAUGGAGUUCCGACACACAAAAUAUUUUAGGCUUUAGAGUCGUAUACAGACUCUUUGGGGAUAAAAGUUUUAAACAGGGGCCUCCGUUAGAAGCCAGUGAGCGAGAGUUCAAGAUUAAAAAUGUUCCAUCACAGGAAUGUAUAAUCGUGUGCGUUGUUUCGUUAGAGGACACGAACGUUGCUCCCGAAACAGUUCCAUACUCACAGUGCCGAGAAGUUAGAACCGUACUAUCAACAUCAUCCAACAUGGAUAAAAUCACUAUUGCCGCAAGCGCAGCAAUUUGCGGAACAAUCGUGAUUGCAGUAAUAAUUUUUGUAGCGGCUUCGCGACAACGAUCUAAAAGAAUACAAGAGAUGCAUCAACAGAAGAUAGCCUUAAAAAAUGGUUUGCCUAUUGCUGGACUUCCUGUGAACUGUUGUGGAGGAUUAGGACCAACCGCAAGCCCCGGAGGUCCUUUAUCAUCUUUAGCAACAUUAAGUGCAUUUAACAGUCCAAAAGAUUGGGAUCAGGUUUCGAAUUACAGUUCACCACCUAUACACCAACAAAGGCUGCAUGGAUUAGAACAAUCAUCAUCACUCCAAGACGAUACAAGAUCGCAUUUUAGUUCGAAAGGUCAUAAACCGCGAUCGAUAGCAGAUGGUCAGUCACAACACAGUUUUUCAAACAAUUCUGGCAGAUUUAUGGCUACAAAUGGAUUUCCCAACACCCUUCUUACAACUAGGCCAGACUUAUGCCAAUCUAGGCAAUCAUUAGCCAUGCAUUCAGACCGGAUGUCGAAGGCGUCUCACGGCCUAUCACACGCACCCACGCAUUCAGUAGCGUCUUCGCGACGACAAAGACCGCGCUCGAGAUCUCGAGACAACUACAGACCAGGCAGUAGAUAUAGCACAGCAGGCUCGACACACACCUUAAGUAAUUACUGUGAUAACACUGAUAACUGGACGGACCACGAUAUGGACAUCUAUAUGGCAAGAAAUCCAACAACAAGAGGUGGCCUCGUUCCACUUUGAAUAAGCUGAAUAAGUACAUACGUACAUUUGUACAAAAUAAUAAUAAUAAGAAUAAACCAGAAUACGUAUUUAAAUAAAUAAAUAGUACUCACAUCAAUAAUAACUAAACAAUAAGUAACUAAAAAUAGUGUGAAUGUACGUGUGUGUGUCUGUCGUGUCUGUCUUUGCUCAAUCCAUACAUUAUCAUCACCUGUUUUGGUUGAUCACUUCUAAUCAAAUAUUAAUAAAAUAAAGUCAGAGGAGUAACAAAUCGAAGUAAAUUGAUAAUUUAUCAAUAAAUUAAAUACCAUAUGCAAUUUCCAUAAACGUUCUAGUUUGCUUUAUACUGUACAGUUUCCUUAAAAAUCAUUUUAUGACGAGAUAAAUCAAUAAAAAAAUGUUUCCUUGCUAAUCUGGUUUUGUUUGUUGACAAAUACUGACUUUAAGAUAUUAUAAGUUAACUGGCAUAAAAGAUAAUUACCAAAUAAAUGUAAGACAAUUUGCAGGAACAUACGGUUAUUUAAUAUUUUUAUACAUACCUUAGCAAUUAAUUCUUUCGCACAUAUUUUUGUAAAUAAUUGUUG